UGUAAUUAGUAAUUGGCACUAGGAGCCGCCGAGCGGCGAGGCGCUAGUGCACGCAGUCAGUGAAGCUCUCAAGAUGGCCGUCACGUACAUCUGAUCGGAGGUGUGUGCGAAAUUUGACGCCGAUUCGACGCGAUAAACUUUAGCCAUGCACGUCGUGUCGCUGGCAUAGUGAUCGCAGAGGCAAACCGGGCUCGGUAUCGAUGUGGACCAUCCUGGGCGCCGUCGUCGAUGGUUGUUCCUCGCGGCCACCGGCGGCUCGCAUUGAACCAUGUUCAGCAAGAAGCUCCAUGUAGAUGUCAAAAAGUCAACGCUCAAGAUCCAGGAUGUCAAGAAGGACAGCGCGACGCGGUUCAAGCAUCUCAAAAUCGUACUAGAAAACGUGGAUACUGAUGAGGCAAAGGGCUUUUUCGAGGGCAACUUCAGCCAUGUUUACUUCAUCUUGUAUGAUUGUUUCGUGUCUGCGGAAGCGAAUCUUCGACAACGCGAGCUUUCCUUCCAUAUUGUGCACAAGGCGCACAGGGAAGAGUUAGAACAAGUAUUGCAGCUCUUGGAGAAAGUUUUAACUCUUCUUCCUGAGCUGCUUAACAGACGAUGGCAAUGUCACAGUCUAGCGCGGAUUUUGCAGAAGCUCUUGCAUCCUGGUAACAGUUGGAAACUUCGCAGGCAAGCCAUAAGGUACUUUAUUUUGUGGUAUCAAGCUCUUGGCGAAAAUGCUCCCGAACACAUACAUCAGAUGUUCGCCAGCUUGGUGCCGGGAUUUCCACCGCACCAGGUGUCGCCUUACAAAUGUGAUCGCAGAGCGGAAGGCAAGAAGGAACGACUCGCGAAGGCAGGCAAUUCCGAGGAGAAAGAUAAGAGGGAAUUUUAUGACUCGCAACUUAUGCAAAGUACUUUUCAUGACAACGGACCGAAUCAAAGUCCUAUCAGUCAAGUUGACGGCGGGCCCAUCUUACCACCGCAAAGUGGAGAGAAGCCACUCGACAAUGAAACUGUUAGGUUCUUGGAAGCGUUGCUGGAAUUCAUGGUUACUCAGGUGGUGAAAAUCGAAUGGCGGGACAAAUCUACACGGCAGCACAAAACUUUUCAGUUUUUACUAGAACGCUUUAAAGUAGCAUACCUUCGUCACAUUUGCCCGGAAUUUGACGAGAACUUUUCACUUUACAAGCCCAAUCUGGAAUUACCCACAAUGCGCAAACCGACGAAUCAAAAUCACGACAAUUACGUGCUCUGUAAAGUGGCUUUAAUCAAGUGGGUUGCAAACUUCACGCACGUCGCUAAAAAGGAUGGACUCUUCGCACAUCUCUCGCAAAGCACAACGCCGAACGAGGAAAACGUCGAAUCAGAAUUGCGCCGUGUGUCAGUCACUCAGAACCCUAACGACUCGACUCUGUUGUCGCCCGAAUCAGCCAUAUCGCAGCAAGAUAGUCAGAUUCAAGAAGACAGCACCGUCUCGGCGCUCAUGUUAGUCAGAGACGUUUUAUACGGAAAUAGAGACAACGUUAACUUCGUGCACGAAUUGUACAGACAGGCGUUCCUCCUGGAUUUCAACCAUGCGGGAGCUAUAAGGAAGGCUAUCGCUGUUUAUAAAGAUUGGAUUCAAAUGAAUGUGAGCUUUGAAAUCCCUCCGUUUAUGCUGGAACCAUUGGACGGUCACAAGGAUCGAGAUCUAGAAGAAUAUCAAAAAAGCGAGAUGGAAAAGUUUCCUUCUGAGAAUUAUCGACAGACGAGGUUAAGGAAUGAUUCUUACCUCGGCGCUAUACACCGGGAGAAUUUAUUCAUCAGAGCGGGCUUGCAGAACGUUCUGCAAGUCUUCAUCACGCAAGCGUCGAAUGUAUUUUUCUUGGAGAACUCGGGGCCGAGCGCGUCUCCAACGUUGCUUGAGGAACAAACGGACAGCUGCAAGAGAGUGUUGAACGUGUAUCGAUACGUUGUUAUGCACUCCAGAUUGGAGCCAGCAACUUGGGAACAGCUACUCAGAGUGCUGUUGCAAAUUACAUCGCUUGUACUGAGCGAGAAGUCCUCCCGCCGCAAGCAGCAGGACACCAUCGGUGGCAAACUCGCGCCUGCCAUAUUUCAGACUCUAAUUGUUACGUGGAUUAAAGCCAACUUAAACGUCGUUAUUUCCACCCAAUUAUGGGACCAGUUUCUAGAAGUGUUGACGUCGUUAACGCAAUGGGAAGAAUUAAUUCGAGAGUGGGCGAAAACUCUGGACACGCUAACGAGAGUAUUGGCGAGGCAUGUGUACAACUUGGAUUUAAACGAUCUACCCUUGGACAGACUUAGCGAACAGAAAUCAAAGAAGCGCCGCGGCGUCGGAAGUCGCGCGGCGUCGACCGGAAGCGUGCAACCGCCGCGGAAAGGUAGCGAAGAGAAUAACACCGCGCCGAAAGAGAGCGUCACAGAUCAUCCGCUGCGCGAUAUAAGGAAAGUGCGGCCGCUACCGCGCAGCGCGAGCGACAACAACAUAUACAGUAGCAAAGCUCGCACGAAGAUACCUCGACAGCGAACGCACACGAUACACAGCGGCAUUCCUGUGCUCCCCCUAUCGAUAGAACAAGAUAUGGCACGGUUACUGUCGAGUGGCUCGACUUCGUCGUCGGCGGCCGGUCGGAAGAUGCUGCCCAGCAGACGUGCGAAAUCGUUGGAUAGCAUUGUUAUAGUCGAUAGCGAGCCACCGUCGCCGCGAUGCCCGUCGCCGACACCCAGCAGUGGCGUUGACAGCAACAAGGAUAGCCCGAUACAGAUAGAGAAUAUUGAUGGUAGCAGCAUUGAUACAAACGACGCGUCUGAAAGAAGAUCAGUUAUGGCAGGUGGAGGGGUUCGUGGAUGGUUGCCAGAUGUGGCUGUCGUUUUAUGGCGGCGUAUGCUGUCGGCCUUAGGAGAUGUCAAUAACAUCCACGAUCCUGUUUUGCACGGCCAAGUCAUGGAUUACUUCGUGCAGCUCACACAAACGUUGAUCAAGAUUCGCUUAAAUCAAGGAGUAUCCGGGGAUAAUCAGGCGACGCCUCCGGCACCGGAGUUAAUUCCACCUCUAACAGUCAUCGCACCGUGGUGUUUUAAGGCGAUUCAACUUCCGGAGCAAUACGAAAUCGGCAAACUAGCCGCGUAUCGUCUCAUAUGUCUCUUGACGAUACAACCGCUGGACAUCAGUCUGCCGAAACAGCAUCUGACGCUUUUCUAUCGCGCCGUUCAUAGCGGGAUCGCCAGCAACGACAGCAAAGUUCUGCACGUGCUUGUGAAAUACACAGGACCCAGAUUGUUCAGCCUGAAUCUGCCGGGAUCGAGCCUUCUGAUUCUGGACUACAUUCACGCCGCUAACGUGAUACUCAGCAGUCAGGAUGUCGAGGCACCCAGGACAGAGGCUGUUUCUAUCAUCGGCUCAUUGUUGUCGAUGCCUAUCGGAACGAUCAAACUGCCGCUGCUACAACCGAACGGGCCCGACAUCGUAACUAUGACAUGUCCGGAAGCAAAGGAGCAUAUCGUAACGAUACUUUUGCGGAGCUGCCGACGAGAACCAACCGGGAUAGCGAGAUGCGUGGCCCUAUCGAGCAUCGCGAUGUUCGCGUACAAAGAACUGUCUUACAAAACGCAACAUCCGAGAGUUCCCGAAGCUGUCACCGUUCUUCUUCUCGCACUUAGGCGGAUGCAAGGAGCAGAGCGUCGCAGAGCUGGUUUCUGUUUUCCCCUAAUGGAUCAGGCCUCGCACGCCACGGUUGCACAGGUUGCGUGCGAUUCUCUGUUACUUCUCUGCGAUAAGGCCGACGUGCUGCUAGAACUGUAUCCCAGUGUGCCAUCUAAGAUAAUACAAAUUUUGUCGGAUACACUUGGGCGAAUGACAACGCGGGAAAGACGCGGGCCUUUGACAGUGUCGAUGCUGUUCUGCUUGGGCGAGUGGGCUAUGCAUUUAGGACCAGCGGUAUUACUGCAGGUGUUCCACGGGAAGCCGCUCUUGAUGACCUUAUUUACAGUGUUGAACAAUAUAGUGCAGAACAAAGUGGGGAAGGAAUUUUCAAGAACCGCUAAGAAUCAUGAAGAGGACGACGAUUUUGAUCUGAACAUUAUGCUGGAUAAUCUGGUCGACGAGCCUUCCUCAAAAUCACCGCACAAAGGAAACAUUCAGUCCGUGCAGUUGGCAGCAAAAAUGGUGAUGAUGCAUUUAAUCAACCACCUCGGACACUUUCCGAUGGGAAUCGGUGCCGCGCGUCUCUCAUCGCUGGUCGUCGAGCUGGACGACGUUCCCGGAAUCGACGGGGACGAGUUGUCCUCCGCCGUUUUCCAAGCGCCUAACAUACAGCUGUUGAUGCUCUCUAACUCGAUCAUAAUGUCGCUGGUGGAGUUGGCGGCACUGGACGCGCCUGGCGGAGGAGUCACGGCCGGCUUGACCACGGCUCCUUCCUUGGUCAGAGUUUUGCUGCGAGAUCUCGCUGGCAAAGCCUCUUGGGACAGUUCGAUCUUAUAUAGCCAACCCUUUGUCGACGACGAUCUACCGCUGCCAUUUGCGAAACCUGUCGACUGGAGUGCGAAGCUGCAUGUAGAUGACUUAAAUAGCGUUAUCACGCCUCACAACUGUACACCCAGACACACGAUACGGCAUCGCGAGCCUCACAUAUUGCCGACUUUCGCAAACGCCGCGAGCGAUAUGGACAAUUUGGAUGACCUCCUUCAAUACAUAGGACACACCAGUCCGGAAGUUUUGACUAACCCGGAAGUCGCUCUCAACGCGCCUGCUAACCCACCUCAGGGACACUAUCUCGAAAGCGAGACGAUUGCGACGAUUUUGAAUCAAAGGAACGUGGAGCAGGAGCACAUCAACAACUGGAGUCAGCACAUCAGCAUGAGCGCAUCGGCAAUCAGCCCGCCGUCGUGUCGCCCGCCGCCGGCGCCGUUUCACCACUGCCGCCUUCUGUUUUCGCAUCUCGGCCUGUCCGGCUGGGAGCAACGGAGGAAACUGCAUUUGCUGGCGAAAAACGAGAAGCUCUUGCGCGAGCUGCGCAAUCUUGACAGCCAGCGAUCCAGAGAGACACACAAGAUAGCGGUGAUUUACGUCAGCCAGGGCCAGGAAGACAAAAACUCCAUACUAAGCAACGUCACUGCCAGUAAGGAGUACGAGAGCUUCAUCGCGCGACUCGCCUGGGAGGUCGAGCUCGAGUCGCACACCGGCUUCCUCGGCGGCUUAGUGCCCGGCAAGGCGUCCGGCGUCACCGCACCGUACUACGCCACGUCCUUCACCGAAGUUCUCUUUCACGUUGCCACGAGAAUGCCAUCGGACAGCCCUGAGAGUUUACUGCAAAAGACGCGGCAUCUCGGCAACGACGAGAUCCACAUAGUCUGGUCGGAGCACUGGCGGGAUUAUCGCAGGGACAUCAUACCAACGGAAUUCUGCGACGUUCUGAUAGUCAUUUAUCCGCUGAAAAACAAGCUGUAUCGAGUACAGAUUUCGCGGAAGUCGGAGAUUCCAUUCUUCGGGCCGCUGUUUGACGAGUGUAUCGUGGAGGACAAGGUGUUGCCGGGUUUGGUGAGAACGACUGCGCUGGCCGCGAGCAGGGCGAAAAGGUCUACGCUUACAUUGUACCAACAUUAUUACGAAGAGAGAGCGCGAUCCAUCGAUACUGUCAUGAGAAAUCACAAGGAAGCCACGACGUUCGAGGAGUUCACGGCCAACGUUUACUCGCCGGUACAACCGCCGAGCCCGUUCAGCGGAGCUUCGUCCGUCUCUGGAUCUACAACAAGCGUGCAAUCCACAGCGUCGUCAAACCUCGCGGCAGCGCUUAUAGAUUCGCAUCAGGGGCGUUCCGGUCUGCGCAGCACCUCGGCGGCGAGCAGUGACAAUCGUGCGAAUAGAGUUUCUGACGGAAGCAGAGUGUGGUUUAGCAAUGAUAUCCCCGACAGCACAACGCUUCACGGAAUUUCACCGAGACCCGUGAAAAAGAUGUCCUUUAAAACCGGACCAAAGCAGAGAGCUAACACACAAUCUACUCCUCCAGAUAGUCCGAGAUACAAGUAGAAGAUUUUUGUAGUUGUAUGCCGGGAACACGGUUCUGCACAACUGAUUGUCGGUGAACUCACUCGCCGAGCGUUGUACUUUAAAGAAGAAAAGAGAGAGGAGCUCUCCGGGGUGAAGCUUAGCGUAAUUGCGAUAGAGAAUUCCGUGUACCUCGCGCGCGCGCGCGCGCGGCGUGGAUGAGAGAUAUCAGUGAUGCCUGGCAACUUGAUACAUUUUGCCGACCGAUACAUUUUAUUCACAGCGAGGAUCGAAUAUCCGAUCAUAGUCUUAUAGCGUUUUCUGUUCUCCGUCCUUAGGUUUAAUUUUUAUAUUAAAUGUACAGAUCGUUGUUUAUUCGUUGCAACGUGAGCAUUAAUUUAUUGGAAAGUAAAUAUAUGAUAAAAUUUAUCAAAUCAAUAGGCAUUAACAGUUAGGUGUACUUGUCAUAGACUCAUCGGUGUCGAGAGAGAAAGAGAGAGAGACAGCGAUUUACAUUGUACAGCACUUUCUGGAGAUUUAAUUUUUCCUAGUACUUCGAUAGCUGGAGCUAAUUCUGAAGAAAAAUUUCGAUCUUAAAAUCCGUAUUAAAGAAAAUAGCACAUAAAACACUAACGUCAGAAUGCUCUGCAGUACUGCUAUAUGGCCUUGUAACUAUCUUAUUUGUCACGAUAUACAUAUAGAAGAUAGAAAAACUAUUUUAUUAUUAAUUGGCACGAUAAAUGUGUGUGUGCGGAAGGAUUUACGAUUAAAUGUUACUCGCGGAUGUAAAGCUUAUUAGCUUGUAUGUCGAAGUCAUUCUAGAUGUCGACGAAUAUUUGAUAAUUACAUCAGUCUGAUUUGAGACGGAAACGAUAGUGAUUAUCGCAAUUUAAAAUGAAGUGAUAAACAGCCAUUUAAAAGAGAGAAUUUAAAUUACACAUUCCAUUGCGCGUGUAUCACUUUUCUUUUUUUUUUUAAAUUUACAUUUAUUUUAUACUAAUUAAUCAAUUACCGAGCCAUUCCAUUCGAACGUUCGUACUCAUGAUUUGAUGGACGCGUCCAAUUUUUAUACACUUUAUGUACAAUGUAUCAAUGCGUGAGAUCUCUCAUUUUAUUGAAAAUAACAUGAGGAGAUCGCGAGCGUAAUCGCCGAAACAUUUUGUUUUCAUACCAAAGUCGAAGGUGCUUAAAUGUUUUAUAAUAUGGAGCGGAAUUGAAUAUUUCGUAUAGUGACGGCAAAGGUAAUCAGUCAUCUCGCGGUGAUUUAGCGAAUUCUCGCCUUCGGGCGAGAAGGAAGAAAAAGCGAAUUUGAAAGUAAAUAAUUUAUUCUGUUUGUUGGAGAUGAGUAAUGGCUAUUUGCUUUACACGAAUCAUCCUCAUGCAGUGAUAAUAAUCAAAGUAUUAAUGUUAUCUAUUACUAUUAAACGAACGGCAGACUAUAAUACAGGAUUAUAUUGUGGUAACGAUCGAUGCGUUCGAGACGAGAUUUUUCUAGAAGUAUACACUUCGCGCGAUGAUGAGCCGUGUACAAUUAGAGUUUUUUGACUAUUUUGAAGACUACCAUGAAAACACAUUCAAAAGUGUAGGUGUUAGCAACGAAGAUAUGUAGUUAAUAAUUACCGAUGCGCAGAUCAUGGCCAAAGCAGCAUUAUUUUUUCACUAAUUUAUAAUGAGAUAGAACGGGGAAGCUGUGUGUAUGUAUUGUAUAUAAAUUGUUAAGCAUACAAAAUGA